AUGGCUCUGGGCAUGAACGCCGGUUACACUGGGCAGGAACUCACCCAGUGGGUGACAGGGCAGACGGACGAACUGCUCCUGCAAGAGAGAGCCGCCAGAGAAGAAGAGAGGAAGAAAAGAGAAGCAGAAAGGAAGGCACGAGACCAGGGAAACCACAUUGUGCGCCUGGGCGUAGUGACCCAUUUCAUGAUGUUUAUCAGUCGACUGCAGGAUGUGACCUCGGACGGAUCGUCCAACCACAGCCUUCCUGUUAGGCCUAUCCAGGGCGUGAGUGGCGCGCCGAUCGACCCCAGGCCUCAGCAAAGCCAGGCCACGCUUUUCUACAAAAGAGCCACUGAACACGACAUCCAGGUGAAGGUGACUAAACUAGGUUCUCCGACACCCGAGGGCGAUAUUGUUACAGUAUGUCCGGGCUAUGGCUAUCCUUGUAAAAACUACACAGUGGAUGAAUCCGGUAUAAUCAACGCCAUCAUUCCUCCUCACUAUUUUGAGGAUUACUCAUAUUUAUAUUUGUGGGUAGAUGCCCUCGGUGAAUCUCAGGGAGGCAAUUUGGGCUGGAUUCUCAGCCUGGGGUUGCUGCCUAAGUCACACGAAUGUUCAACUAAUGGAGAAACAAUCACAAUCCCUGUGAUGUUUGUGGCUAACGGUACUUCUUCCAUCGUUCUACACAUCCAGGUGUUCUCGAGAGGUCAGAUCACCUACACCAGCGAAGAAGUCCACGACUUGAGUCCAAAUGACCUCCCAAUCAACAACUCAGAUCUUCUGAAGCCUUUGCAACCACUCAAUGACAGCAGCCUCAUCAGAGGAUACUUCAACAUUGACAUUCCCUUAGGGCCAUUGACUUCGCCUUAUCUUAAGGUCCUGAUAUGGUACUCCCGCAGCGAUGGCGAGGUCGUAUCAGCCUCUGCAAGCGCAGACGUGAGCAAAUGUCUCAGGAACCCGACCUCUCUCAGGUGGGAUACGAAAACAGACGCUUUACCCUCUCCAAAGGAUGACGUCAGUCUCGUCCUUUCGUCUGCGCCGAGCUCAGUCUGUGGCUUAGAACUGACAGCAAUUGACAAGUCAGGCAAAAAGACGCCUCAUGAAUACUACCUUCUGAAGAAGUAUGAGAUCCUCAAGUGUGGUGAUGUUCUCAAGUUGAUUAGAAGACGGACUGCCAAUGAAGAUCCUAUCUAUUUUGCUACAUUGGAGGAUACAUUCGACAUUAUUAAGCGUGCUCAUAUUGCAACUGGCCACGGAGGAAGGGCGAUAAAGAUGGAGGCCGGAGUGUAUGUUAUAAACGAUCUGACGCUGGAAACAAGGCCGUGUCGGUACUAUUAUCAGUAUGAUUAUGGAUACGCUGAGAAUGAAUAUGUGGGUGGAGGUGGAGGUGGAGGUGGUGGAACUAGCAGUGACUUUAUGGGUGGAGGCGUAUUAGCCGAAAGUCCGGGAAAAGUGGAACUGGAGAGGACCUACUUGCCCGAAACGUGGCUGUGGGAAAUCAUUGUUAUCGGAAUAAGCAUUAUACUGCAGCACUGCGAACGCCUUCCGACCCUGUCACAGCGAGACGACGGCGAGACGGCGAAAGAGGUCGAACUCCCGGACACGGUGACGACGUGGGUGGGCGAGGCCGUCUGUCUCCAUCCAGAGUUGGGCAUCGGACUAAGCCCCAAGUCCUCCAUCACCUCCUUCGUGCCCUUCAUCCUGGACCUCAGUCACCCAGCCACGGCCCGCAGGAACGAGAAGGUCCCCGUCCUGGUCUCCGUCUUCAAUUACCUGGCCGAAAAUCUGCCUGUGACCGUUGAGUUGCUGCCAAGUGCUGAACUCACGUCUCCGACAUAUUCGACGAAGACCUGUGUCUCUGGCAGCGGAAAGGAAGUGAUGAAGUUCCUGGUGGUGCCUCUGGAAGCCGGGGACGUCAACCUCUCCAUCAGUGCCUCCAUAGACACUGCCGACGGAAGUUGUGGCGGGACAGUUGACAUAGCAAGGAGCGACACCGUCAUUCGCCCUUUGAAAGCGAAAUUCGAAGGAAUAACUAAAGCAUCAACACAUGGGCAUUACUUGUGUGGCAAUGAAAGCUCCUUUACAUGGCCCGUCGAGAGUUACCCAGGAGCAGUCAACGGCUCAGAUAAAAUUUCCAUCUCUGCUUCCGCUGACCUCUUAGGACCGACCCUUGAGAACCUAAGAAACCUAAUCCGAAUGCCUUAUGGCUGUGGUGAACAAAAUAUGUUGAACUUUGCCCCACACAUACACGUGAUGCAAUACCUGGUAUCGUCAGGUCAGCUCACUCCCAGCGUCAAGGAUCAGCUUCACUAUAUGAAAACAGGCUACCAGCAAGAGCUACUCUACCAGCACACUGACGGAUCUUUCAGCGCAUUUGGUAAUUCGGACGCCUCAGGAUCCACUUGGCUCACAGCAUUCGUGCUGAAGUCCUUCAGUCAAGCCGAAAGUUACAUUACUGUGGAUGAAGAUCUCCUCCUUUCAUCCAAAACUUGGCUACUGUCGCUUCUAAGUGAGGACGGCUGCUUCCAAUCCGUCGGCUUUGUGAUUCGCUCCGAUAUGCAGGGCGGCGUCGAUGGUUCAGAAGCGUCGCUCGCGCCUCUCACAGCCUACGUCCUCAUAUCUCUUCUGGAAGGGAAUCUAACAGUGGAUCCGCAGGUUAUAGCAAAUGCCGUCACUUGCAUCACCACAGCCACCACGAGCAACAGCACCUAUAUCAAGGCCCUGACGGCAUACGCUCUCUCCUUGGCAGGCGACAGCAGCGCUGCUGUUACGCUCAUUUCAGAUGUGUACAACAGUUUGACAUCAGUUGAAGCAGCAGCCUACCUCCUUCUGGCCAUGCUGAGUGAAAAUCCAGGAUCCUACACUACCUGGGAGUCCGAUAUUGCCAAGCUUAUAUCAACUUACCACAAUGGACAGGGAGGCUUCGUCUCGACGCAGAUUAGUUCUCUUGUGGUUGCUCUGCAGUCCUUGGCAGCCUUCAGUGAAGCCUUCCCGCAGACAGAAACAGACCUCUUCAUAUCAGUCACUGCUGGAAGUCAGUCGUUUGACACUGAGAUAAAUUCAGAGAACCGUCUUCUCCUGCAGACCAGCUACGUCACGGACGAUCCACCUUUUGCAAGUUACUGUGACACCGUCUGGGAGUGGAUGCGCUCUCGCCACGACAACCUGAAUCUUCAGAUUGAUCCACCAGUACAACGUCCAAAAGAAGAGCCAGAGCUCUUGCUUUUGCAGUGUCUGUCAAGACAGUCCGAGAAAACAAAACUGCUCUUCUAA